AUGGCCUUGGAGUUUUUCAAGAUCCUAAAGGAAUCACCUGAAAUUUUUACUGCGAAUAUGUACACGCAGAUGGGUACAUGCUAUCUAGACCAAGAGGAGGAAGUUGAAGCAGAGAGCUGUUUUCAACGUGCCGCGGAUAUGGACCAAAACAACACUGAAGCUCGAGGUCAUUUGGCAAAUCUAUUCCGUAAGCAAGGUAAACAGAAACAAGCACUCGAUAUGGCCAACCAUGUUGUUCAACUUAUACAGCUUCAAAAUGUCCCAAGGCCCAAGAGACGGUAUGGAAAGUAUCUUAGAGAUCCUGCCCCGCCGUUGGCUGCAGGUCCCAUGGCUGCAGCCAAACCACUCAUGCCACUUCAACCAAAACCUGCAGCUGGCGAACCUCGCGAGGACACACCGUCGUUGGGGAUAGGCAUAGGCACAGGCAAAAUUGUAGCCCAGCCAAUGGCUAAGCCCGUACUUACCCCAGAAGACCGGCUCUUAGCCGAAGCAGAGACCAGUAAACUACUUGCCACUCAGUACCUCAUAUUAAGUAGACAGCGCGAUCGUAUGAGGGCGGGAGUUUUCGAGGGUGUCCGACAAUGGACCAAGGCUGCCCGGCUUCUUACGAAUGACUUCAGAUCUUUCAAAGCUUUUUACCCACAAGAUAAAUCUUUGAAAUUCUCGGGAUACAGCUCUGCAGAUGUCAGACAGGCAUCGACACCACUUCGAGAUGACAUGCGGGCGAUGGCUAGUCAGUUGUCCCAGGACAUAGGAGCAAAAGUCCAAGAUCGAUCCAACAGGAUUCCGAACGGCUUUGGUGAUACAUAUCGAGGCAUGUCAUUCGACGCGUGGCUGGACAUAUUCAUGGAAUUUGCUAUCUGUCUCGCCAAACGUGGUAAAUUGAAAGAGUCAUACGAGAUGUGUCAAGCAGCAAAAGACUGUGUGAUAUUCUUUCAUUCGCGUAAUGACAUGUUCCUACUACAUCUAAGUUGGUGCAUGUGCGCGAUCAUGCUAAAUGAUUACCAGACUUUGAUGACCAUAGCUCGGUUCUUCCUCACUGACUACCAAUUUACGACCGAUGCGUACAGGAUGUUCACUGCACUUGCCCGGACUUGUCGAGGCGCUGUAUCAUGGUUCAAUUCGGGCCCUACAAUGAAGUUCAUCCUUAAGCAAAUCAAAGCAAUGGACUAUUCCAUCACGCCCGCUAGCGAGCGAACCGCAGAGCAAGAUGCUGAGAGAGGGCUGUAUACCGCGGUAGACCAGGAUGGAAGACUGAUCAUCAACGAUGACCUCGAUAUCUCGCUACUCAUGCUGUACGGCUACAUGCUGUCGCUAAGCGAGAACUAUCUUGAAGCUCUAAAUUAUUUCAUGAGAGCCUACGCUCUAGACCCAGAAAACCCCAUGAUCAGUCUUUCUGUCGGUCUCACUCACAUCCACCACGGCCUGAAAUCUCCAUCGGGAAUCAAAAACCAAAAUAUCCUCCAAGCUCUCACGUUCCUCCAUCAGUACUACGACAUACGGAAAGAAUCAGAACACUUAGAAGAAAGACUAGAAGCACAUUACAACCUGGGCCGAGCAUAUCAGCUGCUCGGCCUAACCCAUCUCGCGGUCCCGUACUACCAGCAAGUCCUCCAGGAAAACCAAGACGACGUUGCGGAAGACGUGGUAAUGGAUACGGCGUUUAACCUCCAGAACAUCUACGCUAUCGCUGGAAAUAUGAAGUUAGCUAUGCACAUUACCAAUAAAUACCUGGUUAUAUAA